CUUCCCAAUAAGCCAACCGCCCAACUACAGACUCACUAUUCCCCAUACAAACCCCAAUCUCCAACUCCCUUUCUCAUACUUCCAAUCCACAACAAUGGCGGAAAACCCAGAAAAAAUGGUGUAUCUUCACGGAGAUCUACACCUCAAAAUCUAUGAAGCACGACAUUUACCAAACAUGGAUCUCACUUCUCAACGUCUUCGUCUCUGUUUCACCGCAUGCAAUACUUGUUCUAUACGUCCUAAAUCCUCCUCCGAUCAUCCUUCCACCGAAAAACACCAUAAACAUCGCCAUCGAAUCAUCACUAGCGAUCCAUACGUCACCGUUUUAGUCCCACAAGCUACUAUUGCCCGAACUCGUGUCAUUCGAAAUUCACAAAACCCUCGUUGGAACGAACAGUUUCAUAUCCCAUUAGCACACCCGGUAAUCAAUGUUGAAUUUAAUGUUAAAGAUGAUGAUGUUUUCGGUGCUCAGAUUAUCGGUAGUUUUACUCUCCCUGCUUCUAGAAUUCUCUCUGGUGAACUGAUUUCUGGGUGGUUUCCUAUCCUCUCUUCUUCUGGUAAACCCCCUAAACCUAAUUCUGCGCUUCGAAUUGAGAUUAAAUUUACCCCAUGUGAACAAAACCCAGAUUUUAAAAUUACUGAAAAUGGGGUGAAAUCUACUUAUUUUCCUCUCAGAAAAGGGGGGAUUGUGAAACUUUAUCAAGAUGCUCAUGGAAGAGAUGAUUUGUUACCGGAAAUUAAGUUGGAAAAUGGGGAAGUUUAUAAGCAAGGAAAAUGUUGGGAAGAUAUAUGUUGCGCAAUAUCUGAAGCUCAUCAUUUGAUUUAUAUUGUUGGGUGGUCGGUUUUUCAUAAAGUAAAACUUGUAAGAGAACCCACUAAACCAUUGCCAAGAGGAGGAGAUUUAACUCUUGGGGAAUUGUUGAAGUAUAAAUCUGAAGAAGGUGUUAGAGUUUUAUUGCUUGUUUGGGAUGAUAAAACUUCUCAUAGCAAGUAUUUCCUCAACACAGAAGGGGUUAUGCAAACACACGAUGAGGAAACACGGAAGUUUUUCAAACAUUCUUCAGUUACAUGUGUCUUAUCACCUCGUUACGGCAGCAGUAAACUUAGCUACUUCAAGCAACAGGUUAUUGGGAACUUGUUUACACAUCAUCAGAAAUGUGUUCUUGUUGAUACUCAGGCAUAUGGUAAUAACAGAAAGAUUACUGCCUUCCUAGGAGGUAUAGAUCUGUGUGAUGGACGCUAUGACACACCCGAGCAUAGACUCUUCCAUGACCUCGACACUGCAUUCAAGGAUGAUUUUCACAACCCCACAUUUCCUACUGGGACAAAAGCUCCCAGGCAGCCGUGGCAUGACUUGCAUUGCAGAAUAGAUGGUCCUGCUGCAUAUGAUGUUCUUAUAAAUUUUGAGCAGAGAUGGAAAAAAGCAACAAAAUGGAAAGAGUUUGGAUUGCGGAAGAAAAUGUCUCAUUGGCAUGAUGAUGCUUUGAUAAAGAUAGAUCGGAUCUCUUGGAUUCUUAGUCCUCAGCAUGCAGCUGCAGAUGAUGAUGUCACUGUAGUUCCAAAAGAGGAUCCUGCACUAUGGGUUUCAAAGGAAGGGCAUGCAGAUAAUUGGCACAUUCAGGUAAUUAGAUCCAUUGACUCAGGAUCACUGAGGGGAUUCCCUAAAUCUGUCCAGCUUGCUAAGGCUCAGAAUCUCGAGUGUGCAAAGAAUCUGGUUAUAGAUAAAAGCAUACAAACAGCAUAUAUCCAGGCAAUCAGAUCUGCACAACACUUUAUAUAUAUUGAAAAUCAGUAUUUUCUAGGGUCAUCUUAUGCAUGGCCUUCUUAUAAAAAUGCAGGAGCUGAUAAUCUGAUCCCUAUGGAGUUGGCGUUGAAAAUUUCCAGUAAAAUAAGAGCGAAGGAAAGAUUUGCGGUUUAUGUAGUCAUACCAAUGUGGCCUGAAGGUGACCCAAAGUCUGGUGCGGUGCAAGAAAUUCUCUAUUGGCAGGGGCAGACAAUGGAAAUGAUGUAUGGCAUUGUUGCACGUGAACUGAAAACACUGCAGCUUACAGACUUUCAUCCUCAAGAUUAUUUAAAUUUCUAUUGUCUUGGUAAGAGGGAAGAACUCCCUGAGGAAUUGUUGAAGGAAAUGAAUCAAUCUAACAAGGUUUCAGAUUCAUUCAAUCAGCGCAGAUUCAUGAUUUACGUACAUGCCAAGGGAAUGAUUGUUGAUGAUGAGUAUGUUAUAGUGGGAUCAGCUAACAUCAACCAAAGAUCUUUAGCCGGUACUAAAGACACAGAGAUUGCUAUGGGUGCUUAUCAACCACAUCAUACUUGGUCUAGCAAAAACAGGCAUCCAAGAGGCCAGAUCUAUGGUUAUAGAACAUCACUGUGGGCUGAGCAUCUUGGGACACUACAUGGAGCAUUCGAUGAACCGGAAAGUUUAGAAUGUGUGAGAAAGGUGAAUGAAAUUGCUGAACAUAACUGGACCAAAUUCACAGCUGAAACCUUCAGCACAUUGCAGGGUCACCUUCUCAAGUAUCCCUUGCAGGUCGAUGCUGAUGGUAAAGUGGCUCCCUUGCCUGACCAAGAAUCCUUCCCUGACAUUGGGGGAAAAAUUAUGGGUGCUCCUUCCACUGCACUGCCAGACGUUCUUACAACAUAAAUCCUCAGGGAGAUAUACCGAUAAUAGUCGACUUAAAACACUGCUUGCGCAUUUGCACCUUUUGCACAGCAUCAUUUGUUGUAAGAGUAUUGUUUUUUAAUUUUUGUUGUUUCCUUUAACCCUUUUCGUUAGGAGAGUUGCUAGAAGGGGCUUGCUGGACGAUCGAUAACAUGUAAAUGUAGCCUGUGGUAGAUUUGUGUAUAGUCGAGCAAAAUUUAAUUGUUUAGCAGAGUACAUCACGUACACGAUACAAGUACAUAUACAUUGAAAGUAUUGGAUGAUUUAAUUCAUUAAUGCUAACUCUAAAAAUAAAAAAGACGGGUAAUUUUAUUUCUACGUAGACACUAGUCUGAGAAUUAAAAA